CAUCUAGUCCAGCUUUCUGCUCAGAGUAUGAUCCAUCUCAAAGCUACAGGAGGUUGCCGAGGUUCUUUCCGGCCAGGUUUUGAAGGUUUCUAGCAGUGGAGGUUGUUCAGUCUGUCAUUGCGGCUCUUCCUGCACAUAAAUGAAUGAGCUUUCAGUGGACAAAAUGAAAAAGAAGAAAAGAAGAGAACUGACUGAGGAACAGAAACAAGAAAUUAAAGAUGCCUUUGAGUUGUUUGACACAGACAAAGAUAGAGCAAUAAAUUACCACGAAUUGAAGGUGGCAAUGAGAGCCUUGGGUUUUGAUGUGAAAAAAGCUGAUGUACUGAAAAUACUUAAAGAUUAUGAUCGAGAAGCAACAGGCAAGAUCACUUUUGAAGAUUUUAAUGAAGUUGUGACAGACUGGAUAUUGGACAGAGAUCCACAAGAAGAAAUACUCAAGGCAUUCAAAUUGUUUGAUGAUGAUGACUCUGGUAAAAUAAGUCUGAGAAACCUGCGUCGGGUUGCUAGAGAACUGGGUGAAAAUAUGUCCGAUGAAGAACUACGGGCUAUGAUCGAAGAAUUUGAUAAAGACGGAGAUGGAGAAAUCAAUCAAGAAGAGUUCAUUGCUAUUAUGACUGGAGACAUUUAACAUCAGAAAAGAAGAAAUGAAUUCAUCGCAAAAGGGAGGAAUUAGUGACAUCUGCCAUUCCAAUAUUUUGUAUUUUGUUUCUGGAGAGUCAUGUAGAAGAUUACUUUCCUCACAGAUCAAAAUAACACAGGUUUUAUAAACUGAUACUUCGGUACUUUGUGUCAUUAAAUAUUGUCACUUAAAUAGUUGAUAUAGCAUAUUAGAAGAAGUAAAGCUACAUUUCAGAAUGUUUGAGUACUCAUUUGUAAAAUAGCUUUGGAUAAGAUUUCUAAAUUAUAUCGUAUUAUAAGAGACUUUUGAAGUUGACUUUGUGUUAUGAUUAGCUAUGGCCUUAGUUUUGAUACAUAAGGUUUGACAAGCUUCCAUUUUAAUAAAAUAUUCUGUACUAUUGCUACUUGAAA